AGAGAAAGAGAGGGAUGGGAGGAAGGCGAGAUGGAGGGAUGGAUGAGUGAAGGAGGGCCCCCCCGAGGAGGAGGAGGAGGAGGAGAGCAAGCGGGGCCCAGUCGCCCGGAGGGAGGCUCUUUUGCCCCAGGGCAAGGGCUCCGGCCUGCUCCUCUCCCUCGCUCCAGAAUGCCCCGGGCCCGGCUCCUGGGGGUCUGAGGGAGGCCUAGUGAGCCUGAGGCCUAGUGUGGGGGAGAGGCCUGGCCCUGGGCUGCGUCCUCGGCCCCCAGAAUCCCCCUCCGCCGCCGCCCCCAGAAGGAGGAGGCCCCGGGCGGGGAAGAGCAGGAGGGCCUUGGGCCUGGAGGAGGAACCAGGGCCCCGCAGGGAGCGAUGCCGCGCUGCCGGUGAUGUCCGCCGCCGACCACGAGAAGGAGCUCCAGAGGCCCAGAGGCGCCGAGGGCGGCGGAGGGCUGGAGGGGCUGGCGGGGCCCGGGGCCCGAGACCUGGGCAGCCCCGAGAAGAAGAAGCCACGCAGGACCAGCACCGCCCAGGUGCCUCCCUUCCCUCCCUCGGAAUAUGCUCCACCGCCAAACCCCAGCGCAGACCACCUGAUUGCCGCAAACCCCUUUGAUGACAACUACCACCACCACGCCCUUCCCUACAAGACACUGUCAUCAGGAAGCCCCUACUUUGCCAGCCCUCCCAGCUACGCCGGCUUCGGGGGCUUCAACGCGUUCAGGAUGCCGCCCCACCUGCUGCCCAGAAUGGUGCCCUCCACGGUGUAUGGGGCCGCGUUCCCCUUCCGAAACCAGGCGCACCCAUUUCCCCAGAAUCCGGUGGGGAUGGUCUUCAGCCACCCCCAAGCAGCCAUGAAUUUUGGGCCCCAUGAAAAUGUGGGCUUUGGGAACCAGCCCUCCUACAAUGCAAACGUUGGCCAGAGUGUUGGCUUCCCCGGCCAGCAUUUCCGUCCAAACCCCGGAGAGAACUUUGGGCACAUUCCUUCCCAAAAUACGAUCCAGGCGACCCCCCACCAUGAGUUGCCCAUGCACUUUGGGCCUGGCGGGAACCACAACAACCCUCCACAUUUUAACAGUUCCCAGGUGGAAGCAAACCAUUCAUAUGGCCCCCCACCAAACCGUUACAACCAGGCAAAGCCUUUGCAGCAAAAGCAAGGGGCAACAAAGCCUGGGGCCACUCCGCAGCAGCAGCAGCAGCAGCAUCACCCCCCUCAAGGCCCAGAAGACAUUGUGAGCUCAGGAAACACCGACGUAAAAACUCUGAACCGAAGUACCCCCACCAGCCAAGAUAACAUUCCCUCAAAAAACAUGGAAAAUCUGAAUAGCAACCAUGCGAAUGGGACGCAGGCCAAGCCCCGACUGCCCCGGGGGGUGGCUGAGGGGGGUGGCAAAAUGCCCCUGCGUCCGAGCCACCAUGACCCCCUCUACCCUUGUGGUAUUUGCACACAUGAAGUGAACGAUGACCAGGACGCCAUCUUGUGUGAGGCGUCUUGUCAGAAAUGGUUUCACCGGAUCUGCACGGGAAUGACGGAGUCGGCUUACGGCUUGCUCACAGCAGAGGCCUCGGCCGUCUGGGGCUGCGAUGCUUGCAUGGCCGACAAGGACGUGCAGCUGAUGUGCACCAGAGAGACGACCGGGCCGCCGGCAUUGAACACUGAUGCGUGAGAGUGGAGGGCGGGGGGAGACUGGCAAGGCGGCCAGGCACCGAACUCCCACUUUCCGCCGAAGGUAGUCUCCAUUCACUUUAUUCUUCACCAGUCGGUCUCUUGUACUCUCCGCUUCCUGCCCAAGUGCAUUAAGUUUUCAUCAGGGGAACUCCAGAGAAUUUGCUUGAUCAAUAAUUAAUUGCAAGUUUGGUUUUACAUACACAGAAAGUGACUGAAUAUGGAAGUGGGGGGAUUGGAUUUUGUGGAUGCAAGCAGUCCAUGGCUGAUCAGCCCAGAAGUGGUAUGUAUUGGUAGAAUCAUGAAUUGGAGCUGAAUAUAUAUUUUAAUAUCUGUCACUGUCUUACUCUCUGCUUUGGAGCUUUCCUUAAGUUCUGAAACUGAGCACCGUGACACAGGGAGAAGAAUCAAGCAAUACUUAUUCAACAAUGUUGUCCAACCUAUUUGUACAUUACCUGAAACUUUCAAGUAAUAUUAACUUUUUCUUUUUUAGCAUUUAAGUCAAAACAUCCACAUGUUUACACUUUAAUAACCUUUUUUAGUGAAGCCUGAAGUAGGUUUGGCGUCGCCGUCUUUAAGAGCCUGUUUCCAGCCUCAUAUGCUCCAUAGAAAGUCUCUUGACUUUUAGUGGCCAAGAGAGCAUGCUGAGGCCAAGUGCCUAAACCAGUGAUGGCCAGAGUUUGGACACCACAGGCCUAAAAACAGUGUCCCCUUCAUUGUCCUGGGAGGUGUGAGCUGUAUUUUCACUUCAGCUCCUCCACCCUAACAAAUGUAUCAUCCCAUCACUUAGCAAGUCUAGGCCAGUGAUGGCGAACCUAUGGCACACGUGCCAGAGGUGGCACUCAGAGCCCUCUCUGUGGGCACAUGUGCCGUCACCCCAGCACAGAGUUUGCCAGAAUUUGUUAGUAGAAAGCCAGAGAGACAUGGCACUUUGCAAUAAAUAAGUGGGUUUUGGGUUGCAGUUUGGGCACUCGGGCUCUAAAAGGUUCACCAUCACUGGUCUAGGAUCUUAGGGAAAAGAGUCAACUGAGAGAAAAAAUUCGUAAGCACUGCCCCAUUGAAUCCGAUGGGUAUCUGCUUAAGCAUGCACUUGGGCUACAGUCAACAAAGGCUUUUCGUCUGAUGGCUCUUCCAGCAAACCUGAGGCCUCUGGGCAGAAGAAGCAUGAAAAAGCCUGAAGACCCCCAAUCCCUGUGAGGAAUGGCUGAGCUCCAGCAUGGAGUCCCUUCUUUGGGUUCCCAGUUGCUCACUGGCCACUGCAAGAGCAAGAGCUCCAGAAAGUUACUUUAGGGUCAUGGCUUCUGCAGUCUCCUGGCUGGUGGCCAGGGGUUCUGGGAGUCGUAGGUCCAAAACACACUACAGAAAUGACCUGGUUUGUCACCGCUUUUUAGCAUCCUGGCUCAAGGCUAUGGAAUUCUGGGAGUCGCUGUGGGCCUUGAGCCAGGCCUUGAACCAAGAAGGCUUCAAAGUGGUGCCAAAGCAGGUUAUUUCUCCAAUAUGGAUGCAGCCUCUGUUCUCCAGAAAG